ACCUGUUUACGCGCUUGUCCCUCUGGGCUGAGCCACAAGACAGGGUCACCGUGCGUGCGGGGAGCUGCGUCUGGGACUCCCACCCUCCCACCGGCAGCUCAGCCACAACAACUCCGGCCGGGAGUGGCUCCCGCCUGCACGGCCAGGGGCCUGUGGGGAGGAGCGGAGCCCGGCCGCCUCCCCCACCCUGCAGCCAUGUGCCCUCCUCAGCCUGUGGAAUGCGCGCGGCCCAGGGCCGGCCCCCAGAGCGCCCGGCCGGCCACGCAUGGAGCGCGCUGAGCCGGGCCACCCAGACUGUCCUGCCGGGCCCAGCUGCCGCCCCGAGCCUGCCGGCCCCGGCCCGGCCCAGCCCCGAGAGCGCGAGCGCGAGCACAGUGCCUGGCCUGGCCCCCGGCGGCCCAUGCGGGCGGACAUGCGGCUCCGGGAGCUGUCCCUACGCCAGGACCCGGAUCUCAGGCAGGAGCUCGCCUCCCUGGCCCGCGGCUGUGACUUCGUGCUGCCCUCCCGCUUUAAGAAGAGGCUCAAGGCCUUCCAGCAGGUCCAGGUUCAGACGAAGAAGGAGGAGCCCCUGCCGCCCGCCACCAGCCAAAGCAUUCCAACCUUCUACUUCCCUAGAGGCUGUCCAAAGGACACGGUGAACAUAGACGCUGUCAUCACCAAGAUCGAGCAGACUUUCACACAGUUCCCGCACGAGAGAGCCAGGAUGGAGGACAUGGGCCGAGUGGCCAAGGCCUGUGGCUGCCCGCUGUACUGGAAGGGGCCGCUGUUCUGCAGUGCCGGGGGAGAGCGCACGGGCUCCGUCUCUGUCCACAAGUUCGUCGCCAUGUGGAGAAAGACCCUCCAGAACUGUCACGAUGACGCUGCCAAGUUCGUCCACCUGCUCAUGAAUCCCGGCUGUAACUACCUGGCGCAAGAAGACUUCAUCCCCUUCUUACAGGACGUGGUGAACACGCACCCAGGCUUAGCCUUCCUGAAGGAGGCAUCAGAGUUCCACUCUCGCUACAUCACCACCGUCAUACAGAGGAUCUUCUACACCGUCAACAGGUCCUGGUCAGGGAGGAUCACGUGUGCAGAGCUCCGCAGGAGCACCUUCCUGCAGAAUGUGGCGCUCUUGGAAGAGGAAGCAGACAUCAAUCAGCUGACGGAGUACUUCUCAUACGAGCACUUCUAUGUCAUUUACUGCAAGUUCUGGGAGCUGGACACGGACCACGACCUUCUCAUCGAUUCCCAGGACCUGGCCCGGCACAACGACCACGCUAUAUCCACCAAGAUGAUCGAGAGGAUAUUCUCAGGGGCGGUGACAAGGGGCAGAAAAGUCCAGAAGGAAGGAAAAAUAAGCUACGCUGACUUUGUCUGGUUUUUGAUCUCUGAAGAAGACAAAAAAACUCCAACCAGCAUCGAGUACUGGUUCCGCUGCAUGGACCUGGAUGGGGACGGCGUGCUGUCCAUGUUUGAACUGGAGUACUUCUAUGAGGAGCAGUGCCGCAGGCUGGACAGCAUGGCCAUUGAGGCCCUGCCCUUCGAGGACUGCCUCUGCCAGAUGCUGGACCUGGUGAAGCCACAGAACGAAGGGAAAAUCACCCUCCAUGACCUGAAGAAGUGUAAACUCGCCAAUGUGUUCUUUGAUACCUUCUUCAACAUCGAGAAAUACCUCGACCAUGAGCAGAAGGAACAGGUCUCCCUGCUCAGGGAGAGUGAGAGCGAAGGCCCUGAGCUCUCCGACUGGGAGAAGUACGCUGCCGAGGAGUACGACAUCCUGGUGGCUGAGGAGGCUGUGGGAGAGCCCUGGGAGGAUGGGUACGAAGCCGAGCUCAGCCCUGUGGACCAGAAGCUGAGCUCCCUGAGGUCCCCACUAGCCCAGAGGCCCUUCUUUGAGGCGCCGUCCAGCCUGGGCACCGUCGAGCUGUACGAGUAUGCGUGUGAGGACGAGGACCUGCAGCCCUCGUGACCUGCGCCCAGGUCUGGAUGCAGAGCUGCUUUCGUGUAAAGAACAAAACCGUUUGAUCGUUGAGCUGUCUGUUCUAGAAAAUGAAGUGAUUUGUAUGGGAUGAUAAAUUUUUAUUUAUUCAACACGGAAGCUGGUGAGAUGGUCAUUGAGCGUGUGUCCCCGCCUGCCCGGGACCCCUGGCUGGGAGAGGAGAUACGCCGGCCCCACCGCCUAGCUCUUGACUGCAGGCGUCUGGAGACUUACCCUCACGGCCGAGCAGCCGCUUGCAGGGGACCCACGUUCUGCUCCAAAGCAUCGGCCUCGGGGGCGUGAGCCGCGCACGGACUUCCGGGGCUUGGAUGGCCCUGUGUUGUUCUCAUGUCGUCAGUCAGGAACAUUCCA